UACAUUUUACUAUCAAAGAUCUAGAUUUACAAAGAAUUUAGGCUGCCACGUCACUCACUUGUUCUUAGGGCUUUUGGGGGGAAGCGAUGAAGAGGAAGAAGAUCCGGAGUGGAUGGCAGAAGGUCGUGAUCCAGGCGGCAUUGAGAUGGUUGUGUCCAGCUCUCGCAAUGGCGGCGCUUCUCGUCCUCAUCGCGGAACUGCGAGUUUGGCCGGAUGAGAGCGGGGAGAAGGCCCGGAUCGAAGUGGAGAAUGCGAAUCCAGAGAUUACUGCGACAGGGAGGAAGGAAUCGAAUCUCGGUAGCCUGGCAAUGCCGAUGAGGAGAGCGAAAGGACACAGUGAACCAUGUUUGAAGCUCCCAAGCGAUGAAGUGAUUGAAAAGCUUGAAUUCCCAUCGAGACUUCCUAGUCCCUUGGGAGAUCUUCGCUUUGCCAAGCAGUCGGGAAGUGGUGUGGAAGCAAACACGAACAGAUUUGUGGGAUCUCAGACCAUGGCUGAGAGAAAUAGCUCGUUCCAGAUUCGCGAAAAUAUGGAGGUGCAUUGUGGUUUCUACGGUGAAGACCCUGGUUUUGACAUUGACGAAGUGGACACAGCUUUUCUAAAAACUUGCAAGGCUGUUGUGACGACUUGCAACUUCGGCGGAGGAGAUGAUAUCUAUCAGCCGAUUGGCAUGUCAAAUGCUUCUCUAGCAAAGGUGUGUUACGUUGCGUUUUGGGACGAGGUGACCCUUUCGCAAAUGCCAGAGGAUAAAAGACCAUCUCCCGACACUCGCAUGGCUGGCUUGUGGAGAGUAGUCGUCGUUCGAAACCUUCCUUUCAACGACCAGCGUCGAAACGGGAAAAUUCCAAAGUUGCUGGGGCACAGACUAUUUCCAAACGUCAGAUACUCAAUCUGGGUGGACUCCAAGUACCAGUUCCGUCGUGAUCCCAUGGCAGUUUUCCAUGCCCUGCUGUGGAGUCCCCAGGCAGCGCUGGGGAUUUCAGAGCAUGGAGCUCGACGGUGCGUUUACCGUGAAGGCAAAGCCGUGGUGGCCAAGAACAAAGCUUUGCCAGCCGAGGUGGACUUGCAACUCAGUCAGUACCAGGCGGAAGGAUUUCCAGAAAACGCAACUUUCAAUGGUCACAAAGCAUUGGCUGAAGCAUCAGUGAUUGUAAGAGAACACACUCCAGUGACCAACCUGUUUAUGUGCCUGUGGUUUAACGAGGUGGUCCGCUACACUGCAAGGGACCAGCUGAGCUUUCCUUACGUUCUCCGACGCUUCGGGCUGCUCCAGCUCAACAUGUUCCCCGUUUGCACACGCAAAGCGCUUGUGAAUAGCAUCGGCCACAAACAAAAGGCAAAACCACUCGAGAGAAUUCCCACCGAGUAGGCAAUCAGUCACAUUUUUUUCUCGGUUCCGAAAGACGACGCCGUCUAGCAGCUGGAGUUUGCGCGUAUGACCCGAACGACCGCAUUCACGGCACCUUGACACGGUCCUUGAGCUC